AUGCUCAGCUUGGAAAAAAAGCCAAUUUUUAAAAGGGAAAAUCAAGAGGAAAACGCUGGGAGCAAAGACCCGGAUUCCCGACAAUGUCUGAAAAAUUUUCCCCAACGAAUCCGAGCUGCACAAACAUCGCGGAAACUUUGGGAGACAAAGGGCGGCCUCAGCGAGAACCAAAUUCGGGAACAGCAAGAAGCGAACACCCAGCUGGAAGCAAAGCGCAGGGAGAUGGAGGAGAGAAUCCGCCAGGCAAGGAUCACCAAGCAACAGUUGCAAGAACAGCUCCUGCAACUGCAGACGGAGGAGCUGCAACUGAAACACGAGGAAGUGCAGGCAAAGACAGAGAACCUCCAGGCCAAGAGAGCACAAGGAGAGAAAGCGCGGCUGAACAGCGAGAUCAGUCUGCUUAAGCAUGAGCUUCUCCUUGCCAAGGAACGGAGCCAUCAUAUCGAAACGCAGAUUUCUUCCAUUAGACAAAAGGUCGCACAGGCCACCGGAACUAAAAACGAAUUAACACAGAGUAAAGAUACAAAAGCAGCUACGAAAAAUUCCUUAUCCCAAAAUCUAGAGGAAGAAGUGACUCUAAUCACACAACACUCUGAUGAAAAUGGCCGUCUACAAGAGGACAUUGACCGCACUAGAGCAACAAGCGAGAAUCUCACGAAGACCAAGUCAGAGUUGGAGCAAAAACUGAACGCACUGAACAUUCAGAAGGGAGAGUUCCGCAGGGGAAUGCAGCUUGCUGGGGAAUCGGAGAAGUUGGUCCAGGCUUCUAUCGCGAGAGUACGACAGGAAAUUCAGAAAAUUGAAUCUAAUAUGAAGAGCAUAGAAAGAGAUAUGGUGUAUUGUUAGCGACAUAGACUUCUUGUUCCAAGAUCUUGAAUAUGUGGAAAAAAAUUUAAAUUAUUGCAGUAAAUAACUUAGUCUGUAUGAAGCUAUUAUUUCUAAUAAACUUAACUAAAAACCUA